CGGGCGUCGGGCAGGGUCGGCGGCGUCGGCAGCAGUGGCGGCGGCGGCGGCGGGUGGGAAAUGGCGGAGUACUUGGCCUCCAUCUUCGGCACCGAGAAAGACAAAGUCAACUGCUCGUUCUAUUUCAAAAUUGGAGCGUGUCGUCAUGGAGACAGGUGCUCUCGGUUGCACAAUAAGCCCACCUUUAGCCAGACCAUCUUGAUUCAAAACAUCUAUCGUAAUCCCCAAAACAGUGCACAGACGGCUGACGGCUCACACUGCGCCGUGAGCGACGUGGAGAUGCAGGAGCACUAUGACGAGUUUUUCGAGGAGGUGUUUACAGAAAUGGAGGAGAAGUACGGCGAGGUGGAGGAGAUGAACGUCUGUGACAACCUCGGGGAUCACCUCGUAGGGAACGUGUACGUCAAGUUUCGCCGUGAGGAAGAUGCGGAAAAGGCCGUGAUCGACUUGAACAACCGCUGGUUUAACGGGCAGCCGAUCCACGCCGAGCUGUCCCCGGUGACCGACUUCAGGGAGGCAUGCUGCCGCCAGUACGAGAUGGGGGAGUGCACACGGGGCGGCUUCUGCAACUUCAUGCACCUGAAGCCCAUCUCCAGAGAGCUGCGGCGGGAGCUGUACGGCCGCCGGCGCAAGAAGCACAGGUCGAGGUCCCGGUCCCGGGAGCGUCGCUCUCGGUCUAGAGACCGUGGGCGCGGCGGCGGCGGUGGCGGCGGCGGCGGCGGUGGGGGACGGGAGCGCGACCGGAGGCGGUCGAGAGACCGUGAAAGAUCCGGGCGAUUCUGAGCCGGGCCGUUUUUACCGUGUGUCUGCUAGACAGUGUUGUAGUUGAUCGACCAAACCAGUUCGUAACGGGAAUUUUUUUUAAAAAACAACAAAAAAAAACAAAGAUGGGUUUCUGAAUAAAAUUUGUAGUGAUACAGUU